UGCACAAUUAUUACUUUUUAGCCCAGAACGAGCGUGUGCGCACCGCCCACGAACGGCACCGACCUACUGGGGCAUCUCUUUCUGCUUUCAGUUUCACUUCCUCUCAGAGCUUCGACUGGAAUCCAUUUCCUCACUUUUUUCAGAAACAAACAGAAGCACCAAAGUGCCUGUGCUGAAUGCAGAUGGAUCUAGACAAGAUCAGCAACUUACCAGGGCAUAUUAUAGAUCAGAUUUUGUCAAAUUUGUCAAUUACGGAGGCAGUUAGGACAAGUGUUUUGUCAAGCAAGUGGAGGUACAAAUGGGCUACACUUCCACAUCUUGCGUUUGAUAAUCAAUGUUUCCCUGUUUCUUCUCAAGAUCAUGCAAUUCUCAAGAAUAAACUUGUGAACAUUGUUGAUCAUGUUCUCUUACUUCAUAAUGGCCCAAUAUACAAGUUCAAACUAUCUCACCGAGAUCUUCUAGGCAUUACUGACAUUGAUCGGUGGAUUCUUCAUCUAUCAAGGAGCCCUAUCAAGGAGUUUGUUCUUGAAAUUUGGAAAGGGCAACGCUACAAGAUGCCGUCUUCUUUAUUUUCUUGCCACAAUUUGAUUCAUUUAGAGUUAUUUAAUUGUUUGCUAAAACCUCCGUUGACAUUUAAAGGCUUCAGGAGCUUGAAGAGCCUUGAUCUGCAGCAUGUGACCUUGGCCCAAGAUGUGUUUGGAAGUCUGAUUUCUAGCUGCCCUCUGCUAGAGAGAUUGACAUUGAUGAACUUUGAUGGUUUCACCCAUCUCAACAUUGAUGCACCAAAUCUCCAAUUUUUUGACAUUGGAGGUGCUUUCGAGGACAUUAGUUUUGAAAACACCUUCUGUUUAACUGUUAUUUCCAUUGGAUUAUAUGUAAAUGUUGGCAAUGAAAAAAGGCGAGCUUAUGCCAAUUCUAGCAAUUUGGUCAAUUUUUUUGCUCAUCUGCCCUAUAUUCGAAGGCUAGAGGUUCAGAGCUACUUUUUGAAGUAUUUGGCUAUUGGAAUUGUGCCACGAAAGUUGCCUACUCCGUGCGUUCAUCUGAAUUAUCUUUCCAUACGCAUAAACUUUAAUGAUGUGGAGGAGGUUAUAGCUGCUCUGUGCCUCUUAAGAAGUUCCCCAAAUCUACAAGAGCUAGAAGUUUUGGCUCGCCCGGAGGAACACGCUACGAUGGCGACAUUCACUAACUGUUGGGAAGACAACCACUGCAGUCUUCCAUUCAACCAACUGAGACAAGUGAAAAUAGUUGGCAUCCUUGGUAUAAAACCGGAAUUGAAUUUCAUCAAUUUCCUGCUAUUAGCUUCCCCAGUUCUUGAAACAAUGAGUGUUAAGCCUGCUUCCAUCAAUGGAGGAUGGGAGUUGCUAAAAGAAUUGCUGCGAUUCCGGCGAGCCUCCAUGCAAGCAGAAAUCAUUUACUUGGACCCUUAAACUCAUCAGUGAGUUUGGCAGCCCCAAGAGGGCUUAUGUGAAAAAAUGAAAACAAAAAAGCUCUGGAUUUCAUGUCAGUCUGAACAAUGCGUUUUUCUUCUGAACGAUGUCAUUAUUUCCAAAGCCCUUGUACUGGCAUCUAUGCUCCUUUCAUUUAUUUUCUGCAUCAGUGUCGUUUAAGUGUUUAGGACGACUAUUGACUACUUGUAACCAUGAAAUAUGAAAAGGAAAUGAUUCUUGCAAACCAA